CAUGGUAACAAUCAAUGGCUAUACCAGUGAUACAAGGAACUUUGAGAAUGAAAUUGCCAAUUUACUACAUGAUAAGCUAGGUUUGUCAGCCUAUCAGUUAUUGAGAUCACUUGAAUUGAAAUUGAAUGAAAGAAAAAUUGCAUUAGCCUCGUUAACAAAGACUAUAACAGAUAAAUAUUAUCAAUUCUAUGAAACUGAUAAUAUAUCAAAGAGUUGUAAUAUAGUCAAACCGAAAGGCUUUUGUAUUGCAAAGAGGGAAAAGUUAAAUCUUGCCAAAGUUCCAACUGCUCAAAUAAUCAAGUUAAUACAGAAAAAUUCUAAAAAAUAUGAAUUUAUUAAAAGUCAAUAUAUUGGCACUGAACAAGGUGUUGUUAUGAUAUCGGGUCCUAGAAUAGUAUGGCCAAGAAACAAUGAUCACAGAUACCAAUCUUGGUAUGCUCAGGCAAGUAAUCCUAUUAAGAAAGACAUAGUUUUGAUUUUUGACAACUCAGAAAAGACAUCUAAUACAGUUCAAGGUCGAGAGAUACAAAGUUAUUUUGUAGAGGCAGUAGACACUCUAAUCAAUACUCUGAAUGACCAAGAUAGACUUUCUCUUGUUGCGAUGUCCACCUCACAUUUCAGCCCUUUUACAGAUGAUAAAACAUGCCAGGGCAAUAAAUUCAUGUUUGUCACACCAAACAAUAAGAAACAUUUAAAAAAAUUCAUUCAUCAACUUAAUGCUCAAGGAAUUGCCAACUACAUUGAUGCAUUCAACACCACUUUCUCCAUAUUUUCAUCAUCAUCUAUGGAUAAAGCAUUAAAUGUUGGAACUAGAGAAAAACUUAUAAUAUUUUUAACAUAUUCAACACCAAAUUCUGAUAUUACAACUGUUAAACAAUUUAUUGAAAAAUCCAUUAACAGUCCAAUUUUCACAUAUGCAGUUGGAGAUAAUAUCAACAAUGAAACAUUAACAUUUCUUCAAGAGAUUUCAACAAAAACAUACAAAUAUAAUGGAAAUUUUGAACAGCAAGGAAUGUUUAAAUUUGUAAGAGAUGUUGAUAAAAUCAAAUUUGAAUUGGCAACUUUCUACAAAUCUUUGAAGGAUAGUAAUAAAAAUAGAAAUGUACUUGUCACUUCCCCAUUUUAUAAUGGAAUUGAUGGUCUUUUAAUAUCAUUUUGUAUGCCAAUAUGGAUUUAUGGAUUUCUGGGAGUAGCACGUAUUGAUGUCAGUUUUACAGAUAUAUUUUCGGAUAUUGAAUUUUUUCUUGGUGCUCAAUCUUCAUACACCUUUUUAACGGAUUCAAUGAACCGGGCAUUAUUACAUCCUCUUAUCUCUCCACCUUCUCACACUUUUCAAACUUUAACAUAUUUACCAUUCAACUUCCUUGAACCUCAACUUUCACCUCUACAAAUUGAUCAAAUGAUAAGUUCAACAGAAGGAUCAUUUGCAGCAGUUACACAGAGAAUAAAUUCACUUGGUAUUUCUAUAUAUGAUGGAAUAGAUGUUCAGAAUGUGUCAUCUAAAUAUUAUUGGGUGAAGACUAAGGAAUUUAGAUUUAUGAUUUGUUUUGUAGUAGCCGAAAAUGACUAUUUAACAAACAAUCAAUUUAGACUAUCCUAUCAUCAAUUGGCUUAUCACAAAAUAUCCAGUGGUUGUCCAUACAAAGCAAAAAUCAUUUCAAGAAAUAUCACCACAAUAAAAUUUGGUCCAGAAUUAUUUCUUCAACCAUAUCAGUAUUUGAGUUCUAUGGAGUCUUACAGCAUAUUAACUUCUUAUGAGAACUACUUAAAAGGAAAAUCCAAGAAUUCAAUAUUUAAAAACCAAAUUUGGUCAGAAAUGGCUAUGACUCAUCAAUUGGAUAGAAUAUGGUCACAAUUGGAUAAUAAAUACUCAACACCAUAUGGCUUUAGGUUUUAUGGCUCAAAAUUAGGUGUAUUUAAAUCAUUUCCUGGAUAUGAGUUAGCCGAGCAAUUCACACCAACACACCAAUCUUGGUACAAGAGAACAAUGUUUCAUAAGGGCAAAAUUGCUAUAUCUCCAAUUGAGAGGAACAACAUCCAGACUGACUGGAUUAAUACUGUGAGCCAUGUUGUAUAUGAAGGACGUCAAAAUGGCAAACAUGACAGUCAGGACAAUGUACUAGGAAUUAUGGGAUUGGAAAUCAGAGUUGGUUAUUUCUAUUACACCAUGGAAAAAUUCAUUCCGAAAUGCCAAUUAAGCCUAUAUAGUUGCAUAAUGAUUGAUGUCAGUGGAUUAGUGAUCAGCUACAAACAAGCAGCCCAAAAUCCAAAUGACACACAUUCCUAUAUGCAUAUAAUAUCAAUAGAACCCAAAUUAUCUAGUGAGCUCAUUUCCAAAAACAUUCUUCAGAGAAGACAGUGUUUCAACACUUUAAAGUUGAAAAACCAAUUAUUUUGGAAGGUCAUAUUUGAUGGUGAAAUGUAUUCUGGAAGAUUCUUUACUAUUCAAAAGAUUAGAAAUUCAAAUGCCAUUUUGAUAAUCAUUAAUAGAAAUGACGAGCUUUUAUUUGAGAAUUAUUGCUUAAAGUGCAAGCCAGAAAUGGCAAGUUGCCAAGAAAAUAUUGAAUGCCAAUGUCCUUGUUUCAUGCCCAAUGAAUUUUAUGAUUGCCAAUUAGGUCAAAGAGAAAAAACUCCAAUCUGCUCUGUUGCAUUAAUUAAACAAUUUCCAGUUCAUUCAAAAGCGUAUUUUGCACAAUGUGGAAGAAAACCAAGUUGUUAUGGCAAUGAAGAAAAAACAUGUUCCAAAUUAAAGCAUUGCGCUUGGUGUUAUACCAAAUGGAACAUAAGAUAUAUUCAUAGAAGAACUGAAUGUGUAAUACCAAUUAAAUGUGUCAAGUUUAUUGAGAAACCCAAAGGUUCAUCAAAAUCUAUCGCUCCCUCUUUAGGUGGAAGUUUAGGAAUUAUGGGUGGCUUUGUAGUUUUGAUACUUUUGAUAAGUCUCUACUGGAAAUUGCAUAAGAAUAAAAGCUGUAGAAAAACCAUUGCAAAUGAAGAACCAGUAAGAAGUGAGAUGACGAAUAUAGAAAGCAUUGCAGAAGUUGCUACAGAUGAGUCUGCAGAGGAAGAGGAAGAGGAUUCUCUUGAUGGAUCUUUUGAGAAUCUGGCUGAGGAGUGUACACAAUAUUCUCCUGAUAAAUGUGAGGAGAAUGCUACUGAGAAAUAUAGAGAGGAUAGCAAUGUGGAAUCUGAACAAUAUGCUACAAACGAAUAUGAGGAAGAUGCUACUGAUGAAGAGGGUAGCAAUGAGGAAUCUGCACGAUAUCCUACUGAUGACUCUACACAAUAUGGUCUUGAUGAAUCUGCAGAACAUAAUAUUGAUGUGUCUGUAGAGGAGAAUGUUGCUGAUGAGACUCCAGAAUACGCUACUUAUCAAUCUGCAAGAUAUGCUGCUGAUGAAUCUGAAGAAAAUUCUACUUAUGAAUUCUCACAAGAAUCUAUUGAUGAAUCUGCUGAGGAACCAAACACAAAAUCAUCAGAGAAUUUUGCUGAGUUACCGACUUAUGAAGAGGCUGUUGAUGGUUUCCUUCAAAGAGAUUUCUAUAAUGAAAAGGAAAGAAUAGUAAUGUUUGCAUCAAUGAAGCAAUUGGAAUUGUUAGCAAAGAGCAAGGAAAUUAAAAGAAUGACUGAUGAACAAGUUAUUCCUGAUGACUUUUUAAUCAAGGACAUUAUAAAGGCUGAUGCAGGAUAUAUCAUUUUUGGUGAUAAUCAUCAAAUUGAUCUGUUGAAGCAGGCUAAAAUAUUGUUCAUGGAUGGAACCUUCAAAGUGAUUUCUGAACCAUUUCAAUAG